AGCCACUUCAUUCAGAAGUGCUUAUCCGAAAAUGUAUCUCAUUCUUCAUCGUGCUUUUUGCACAGCCGGAGAACCAGUAAAAGUGAAGAUCAAGUCUAUUUCGGAGGAUUUAUACAAAGAAGUAAAGUUAAAGAGGUUGGUGGAGAAAUUCAAGAAAGCUUCUGACAUUGACCGGUUCCGCCAAAAAACCGGCAUUUACGUGGAGACAGUACGGCGUCUCGCCCGUGCCAAGCGCUUUCGGGAGAUUCGCGACAUCCUCGAACACCAAAAACAGUAUUUCGACAUUUACAACGAGGAUUUCUCUGUCCGCCUAAUAUUCCUCUAUGGCAAAUCUGGCAUGGCCAAACACGCCCGCAUGGUGUUCGACGAAAUGCCCCAGCGAAAGUGCAACCGCACUGUGCUCUCUUUCAAUGCCCUCUUGGACGCAUACCUCCACUCCAGGAAGUUCAACGUCGUGGACGAGCUUUUCAAGACCCUCCCUACUCAGCUCUCAAUCGAGCCUGAUUUGGUGUCGUAUAAUACUCUCAUUAAGGCUUUUUGUAAAAAGGGUUCCUUUGAUUCGGCACUGACAGUUCUUAAGGAGAUGGAGGAAAAGGGUGUGAAUCCUGAUUCCAUUACGUUUAACACUUUGCUUGAUGGGUUGUACUCAGAGGGUAGUUUUGAAGAUGGUGAGAAAGUGUGGGGGCAAAUGGGUGCUAAGAAUGUUACUCCUGACGCGAGGAGUUAUUGUUCUAAGUUGGUGGGGUUGGUCAGGGAGAAGAAAGCUGGUGAAGUUGUUGAGUUUCUUAGAGAAAUGGAGAAGGUGGGUGACCUCUUUUGCGUCCAUGUUAUGAUCAAUGCUGCCAUGAAAGGUUUUGUGAAUGAGGGUAAUUUGGAUAAGGCCAAGGAGUUGGUUUGUGAGAUUACAAACUUGGAUUUUGUCCUUCAUAAAAGCACUUACUCUAUCCUUGUUCCCUUCCUGCGUACGAAGGGUGAUUUAUAUACCACACUUAAUUUUUGCUGUGAGUUUUUUAAAAAACAUCCAGCUGGCCAUGUUGAAUCGUUGAUGCAACUUGUGGUGGAUAAGAUGGUGGAAGAAGGCAUGAUUUCAAAGGCGAAGGAGAUUGUGGAGGCAGGGAAAAUCUGUAAUUAUAGACUAAAUUUACUUGAAGCAGAGUAGAGUUAUGUUAGUUCUUAGUUGCACUUUA